CAUUAUCUGUCUCAUCACAAUUUCUUUUUCAAAAUUUAUAUAAUCCCCCAACUGUCUCCCCCCACUCCUCCUCCUUUUAUCCAACUUUGAAGCUCCAAAUUUUCAUUUUGACAGCUCUUUUUCUGAACUUCUUUUUCCAACUUUCUAUGGGUGAAGAGUCUCCGGAGUGUGAGUUUUGGCUACCACCGCAGUUUCUCAACGACGAUGACAUGUUCAUGGGUUUUAAGGGCAACAGUAAAGAAGAGGAAAAUGAAAGGAAAAGGUACUUUGGGUUUGGGAGUGAUUUUGUGAAUGAGUUUUCUUAUGGGUUUAACAUGUUUGCUCCAAAAUCUGAUUUGAGUUCACCGGUGGAUUCUUUGGUGGGUUCUUCGGAGACUGAGAGUGAUGAAGAAGAGUUUUUUACUGAGUUAACUCGACAAAUGGCUCACGCCACUCUUGAAAAUCACAAGGUGCAGAAUUUGUCGACUUCUCCACAGUCAACGUUAUGUGGUGUGUUGGGGUCCAAACAAGGCUCAAACAGUGAAACCCCAAACAGCCCUGAGUUGCAGAGCAGAAAGGGGACAGUGGAUUUGCUUUAUGCUGCUGUUGGUGAGGUUGCAAGAAUGAAGAAAAUGGAGGAAGAGGUUGGAAUUUGUCAUCACAAAAAUGGAAUUUGGGCUCCUCCUAGGCAGACAAAUCCAGCGUUUGUAGACUCAAAAAUGUCUAAACCAAAUGUUGGUUCGUUUUACUCUAAUCAGCCACCACCACCACCACUCUCUUAUCAGCAGUUCAAAAUGGCUCAAUUUCAGCUGCUGAAGCAACAACAGAUAAUGAAGCAACGUCACCACGGAGUGUUGGGUCAGGAAAAAGAUGGAUUUUGGGAGUACCAUUUGAGCCAAAACAACCAACAGUUGACUCAUGGGAGAGACAGAAACGUAGCUGAUAAUAGGCCUUUGAACAAAAUGGCAAUGUCUGUUUGGCCAACUUUGCAGCAAGCUCACCAUCACCAGCAGAAGCAACAGCCAACAUAUGGCUCAGGAGUGCGCGGUGUUGGCCUAGGAAAUGUUGGACCAAAGCGAGAAUGUGCUGGAACUGGGGUCUUCAUUCCCAGAAGAGCUGGAACACAAACUGAAACAAAGAAGAAGCAAGGUGGUUCGACAGUUCUUCUACCAGACAGAGUGGUCCAGGCCCUGAAUCUGAAUUUGCAGUCUCAGGUUCAACCCAGAUUUAAUAAUGGUGGUGUUUUGAAGUACCAGAAUAACAAUGUGGCGCAUUUGAGAAAGCAGCCAACAGCAAUGUCCCAAGAACACCAGCUUCCUCAGGAGUGGACUUACUGACCCAAAAAUAAAAUAAAUUUAGGUUUUGAUAGUGGAGUUUUUGGGAAGAAAAUUGUUUGUUUAGGUGCAAAAGGAAUGGGAUUUUGGGGUUAGUAAUUUAGUAGUAGUGGGGUUUAAGAUAAAUUAUUAAUUUCAUAGUGUUUUAAGGGAUGAAGAAGAAUUUUAGGGGCAGAAGACAGGGUUUAGUAGAUUUUUAGGUUCUGUUUUGUUUGGAUUAAGAUAAGAUUAUACUAGUAUAUGACAAAAAAAUAAGUUUUGUUUUAAACAAUUAAGAAUGGAGAAAGUUGACUGUCUUGUUUUGGGUGGAACAUUGGAAUUAUAGUCUUCUUUCUCUAUAGCAGCAAAUGUAUGGGUAUUUUGUCGGGAAAAUCUAUCAAUAAUCAUACCAUUUAGCCUUUUGUUUUC